AUGAAGUUUGCCGCAUUUUCCGCCCUUCUCUUCUCCAUGGCCAACUCCGAGAGCGCCAUCAACGACUUCCAAGAUGAAGGCAAGGUUCAUCUUGCCACCACUGGAUCCGUCGAUGAGCUUGCCAAAAUUGAUGCUCAUGCUGCUCAGGCAAGACAACUCGAUGGGCACGGACCUUCCAUGUGCACCAUGAAGCCUUUCGAUCGUGAUGCUAUCAUUGAAAGAUACGCAAUGAACAUGUCCAACCCCGAGCACGUCAUGGCCAUUGAUGCCGUCAUGGCUGGGGAUCUCAACAUUGGAACCAUCACCGCCCUCCUUCCCGAGUCUAGUGAUGCCAUGAGAGUUGGCGCUCUUGUCGAAGACGGAAAGUCUGGAGCCACCAACUUCCCGCACGGACCCAUCAAGGCUCUCUUCACUGUUGGAGAGAUCAACGCUUGCGAAGAAAACCACGGGGAUGUAUACACUGGCGUCCCAGAUGGUAUGGGAGCCUACCUUGUGGAUGAUGAUACCGUCCGUCUUAUCGUGCAAUCCGAAUCUUAUGGACAACUCCGAUACGAGACCUGGGCCUACCCGGUCAACAUGGACGAAUCAAGACGUCAGUUGCCUGUUGGUCCACGCACUAGCGGUGCCACCUUCACUGGAUCCCAUGUCCAAUACACUGACUUUGAUCGUCAUGGCCUUGCUGACUUCAUGGAGUACGAUGGGCCAGCUGCUCACAUUGUCAAGGGAUUCGGACAAGUCGCCCAUACCUACUACAACUUGGCUGGAGACCUCAUUGGACCUCGUGACACCAGCGAUACCACCCCUACCGGAGCUCACUAUUCCAACACUGAUGCUGAUGGAAAGUGGGCCAUGGAAGAGUACCCAUCCGAAGCCGAUUGGAUGAUGCAAUCCUUGUGCUCUGCCCACUUGGAAGAGAAGCACCAAUGGGGAGAAGGCAUUGGAUUCGAAGAUGACAUCUACAUCACCAAUGAAGAAUGGAUGAGAUAUGCACCCAAUGCCACAUACGUUGGUCUUUCCAUGCACGCCAUCGACCUUGCCAAUGGAGUCGACUACGCCGUGGGCAGUGUCACCCUCUCUGGAUUCGAAAAGAUCACCGAGUUGAACCCCCAACAUCCAGACUACGUCAUCUUGGGAGUUUCUGGAUACAAUGGCGACUACACCAAUGGUGAACGCGAGGUCAAUGAGAGAAAUGCUGAGUAUGGACCCCGUGAUGAUGGAAAUGACUACGUUGCUCCCGAAAAUGUUGUUCCAGCCCGUAUCUAUGUUGGUAUGAAGGGAAAGAUGGAAGAUGGUUCUGAUGCUCCCGCCGACGAUUUCCUUGCCCGCAAUGGUCUCCGAUACGGCAAGGUCUACGGAUUCGCUGCUGAUAUGACCGUCGAUAAGGACACCAGUGGUCUCUUCCGUGACAACUACCACAAAUGCCGUGAAAACGGAUCCAGUGUCGAUGGCAAGUUUGUUGCCAUCAACUGGCAAUGGGACGGCGUUGUCAAGAACUUCCGUCACGAUGGUGCUUGGGAAUUCCAAAACAACGUUCCAGGACACGAAGGAAACUGGAAAUGGUGGAACUCUGCUGGCUACAACGGAGGCGGUGCCAAGACCGAGCACUUGUCUCCUGAUACUCGCCCUGGAAAUACUGCUUUCGUCCAAGGAUCCACUGCUGGAUACUUUGGCCACUACUACCUCCGCAACGUUGCAGAUGUCUUGGAUGCCGCCGACGGUCUUCCAUCUGAGUUCGACUCCAUCUACUACGUCUACCAAGGAGAGAACCCUGUCAAUGAUCAAAUUGCCCGUGGCGGAGAAGGAAAGUACAACGUUGUUGAUGUCUGCUUCGACUUGAACAACGCCCAGCGCAACUGUGACGCCGACUAUUCCGUCCAAUCUACCUUUGAAGAUGUCGAUGGUCUUGAAAUCAUUGCAGCCAAGGAAGGUCUUUACGCUGUCAUCCAAGAAGAUUCCGGAAACGAUCUUGGAGAACGCAUGUUCAUCUCCUCGCUUUUGGAGCAUAACCUGGACGGGCAUGAGCUCGGUUACCAUUUCAUGGCCAUGUCGGGAGGAAAGUACAACACUCGCAUGGCCGAAGGAGUUGGGAUCCCAGCCGGUUCCAACACUGAAGGAAAUGCCCACGAGUUCUCUGGUGUUAUUGACUUGUCUGGUAUCUUGAAGAAAGCUACGAGUGAGAGUCGGCGUGAAUUGAACACCCAGGGAGUUGACAAGGGGUUCGAAAUCAGUGCCGGUGAUGGAUACGGCAAGCGCCAGUGCGAGCUUGAAGUUCCAAUCAACGAAAAGUUGAUUGCCUUGGGUCUUCAAGCUCACAAUAUGAACGGUGGAAUCGUUGGUGCCUUGAAGGCUGAUCGUGGUGGACAAGUUCUCAUCUACCAACCCAACAUCUAA